AUGACGAGCAGCAGCGUGACCUUCGCAGCCGCGCCGCUGGCGGCACGGCCAGGGCCCAUGGCCCCACUGGGCAGCGCCGGCAACUGGGCAGGCCCGGGCCGUGCAGGCAGCCCUCUACGGUCGCAGUCGCAGCCGGGCAUUGGCGGGGGUGGGGACGGCAUGCAAGGCGGCAGGCUGUAUGGCACUCCCCGCGGCCCGCUAGAUGGUGACGGUGCACCAGCAGCAGCAGCAGAGGCGGACCCCAGUGGCUCGCUGGCGACACAUGCCAGAGCUGCACAUGGAGUGAAGCAUGUCAGCUGGGGCGACCUGCCGGAAGCGGAGCAGCAGCCCACGCAGCAGUUGCAGCCUGAAGCCCCGCCCGCCCCUGCCCAGCGCCAGGCAGCGGCCAGCGGUGCCGCCAUGCGCGUCAAUAGGCUGCUGCAGCCACGGCAGCCGCCCGGGGCCAGCGGUGUAUGGCACCCAGGAGCAGCGGUGUCGCCGGCACCCGGUGGAACCAGUAGCAGCGGCUACAGCCGCCAGCUGGAAGCCUACCGACAGGCCCUGGCGCAGGCCAGCGGCGGCCUGCGGGGCCUGGGCCCCUGCCCACUCCCCUCUCCCGCCCCCUCGGGCUGUAGGGUUCUACGACGCCCCGUCGCGCCCCGGGCGACCCUGACCCAUGCCCCACUCACAGCAGCCACCAGCGGGAGGCUGGCAGCGGCCCUGAACGGCAGCCUGGCGAAGUGGCAGUGGCCCGCCAUGCUUGCCACAGCCGUGAUCGGGUGGGCCGGGAUGCCCUGGGGGCACCUGGGGGCGGCCGCCGCUGCCCUGUGCCCUCGCGGGGGCCCUGCAGCGCCGGCAGCCACCCAGCUGAUGGGGCACCCGGCGGCGGCGGCGCUGGGGCACCAGCCAGCCCAGGCGGCGUGGAUGACCAUGGCGUCCCUCUUCACCCUGGCAGCCAGCAUGGGCGGCGUGCUGUACUACAUGGCUCGCACCACCUGGGAGGGCAUCGAGCCGUUUGUGUUCUACCAGAGCAGCCGCGCCGCGCAGGACCCGCUGCUGCUUCACGGGGUGGACAUCAGCGGCAGCCGCUUCUUCUGCCGGCCAAUCGUGCAGCAGGCCGCAGAGUUUGCGGCGAGAGCACACAGGCAAGCGCCUGCGGCAGCCGGGGGCCUUGAGCCCGGCCGGCGGGGCCAGGUGCGCAAGACGCGCACCCCUUAUGUCAGCCACUGCGUGGAGACGGCGCUGAUCGUGGAGGGCCUGCUGUCACCCACUGAGGAGGACGAGAGGGCCGAGGCUGCGGUGGUGGCUGCGCUGCUUCACGAUGUGCUGGACGACACCGAGGUGGAGGCAGGGGAGGUGGAAGAGCUGUUUGGGGCGCAGGUGGCCUCCAUGGUGGCCAAGGUCUCCCAGCUGUCCACCACCAACCAGAUUGUGCGGCGCCGCCUGCGGGUGGAGUCGGCGCAGCCCACAAAGGAGGAGGAGGCGCAGCUGAGGAACAUGAUUCUAACGAUGGUGGGCGAGCCGCUGGUCAUCGCCAUCAAGCUGGCAGACCGCCUGCACAACAUGCGCACAGUCUUUGCGCUGUCCCCCGAGAAGCAGCAGGCUGUGGCCAGCGAGACGCGGCGCGUGUGGUGCUCGCUGGCCGAGCGGCUGGGCAUGUUUGCGGUCAAGAGCGAGCUGGAGGACCUGUGCUUUGCGGUACUGCAGCCGGCGGAGUACCGCGCGCUGCGCCGCCAGCUGGAUGAGCUGUGGGGGGUGCCCACCAUACCCGACCAGGCUGCUUCCCUCGACGCCUGCCUGUCUGAUGAGUAUGAGUGCCGGGUGGAUUUGCACCUCACACCCACCUCCCCCGCCGCCUCCGCAGCAAGCCCCGGCAGCACCGGCAGCGACCUCUCAGGCGCCACGCCCGCCGGCCCAGAUGCGGCCGCGGCGGCCGCGGCGGCCGCGCUGCGCGAGCGCCAGGGCUCGCACGCCGCUGCCAGCACCCGCUCGGGCAGCCCCGGCAGCAGCGGCAGCAGCAGAAGCGGCGGCGGCAGCAGCAGCAGCAGCAGCAGCGGCGGCGAUUUCGAUUGGCUCACGCCGCAGCAGCUCGAGGCAAGCGCGCCUGCGCCUCCCGCCUCCCAGCCUGCCUCUCUGUCCCUGCCGCCCGCGGCACCUCUGCACCCUCACGCUUCGCCUUACCUGCCCUUCCGCUGCCUCCCCUCCUGCCUGGCAUCACACCUCCUCUGCCUGCCCUCCCACGCCGCCCCGCCCCUGCAGGCCAAGCUGCUGAUUGACACAGUGCUCCCCUUUGAUGCCACCACCUUCAACAUUGCCAAGCUGCGCUCGGGGGCGGGGGCGCUGCGCGGGCUGGAGGUGCUGCAGGCGUGCGCCCAGCUGCUGAUGCGCGAGAUUGGCACCGAGAGCCUGGCCAGCGGGCUGGAGGUGUCGGUGCAGGGCCGCCUCAAGUCCCUGUACUCCACCUUCCGCAAGAUGUCCCGCAAGGCGGUACCGCUGUCAGAGGUGUACGACGCGCGGGCGCUGAGGGUGGUGGUGGACGACGACGGCGGCAGGCGGCAGGCGGAGGCGAUUGCUGCCUGCUACAAGCUGCUGCCCGCUGUGCACCGCCUGUUCCGGCGUGUGGCGGGGGAGGAAGAUGACUAUAUAGCGCAGCCUAAGCCUUCUGGCUACCAGAGCCUGCACACGGCGGUGAUUGGGCCGGGGGGCGUGCCCAUGGAGGUCCAGAUGCGCACCAGUAGCAUGCACUCGGACGCAGAGUAUGGCAAGGCGGCGCACUGGGCGUACAAGGAGAAGCCGGCGGUACCUGCGGUACAGCUGCCCGGCCCCGCGGCACCUAGCCUACCGGCCCCCAGCAGCGCCAGCACCAGCUCUGGCAGCGCCACCACCAGCGGCAGUGUUGAUGAUGAGGAUGGAGAUGCGGGCAUCGCAGCCGGCCACCCCAUGCUGCACAUAGGGCCAGGCGGCCGCUUGCGCGACGGCGUGGUGGUGGCGUCUGAGUUUGGGGGGCGGCGCCUGCUCUGCGCUGUGUCUCAGGAGCAGCGGGCCGUGCCCGACGCGCGGCCGGCGCCCGCAGAGCGGUACAGGGCGUUGCUGCGGUACGUGGAGGAGCGCGGCUACUUCCAGCCCUCCCAGGGAGACAUGACCGCCGCCAUGGAGCUCUUCACCCUGUGCAGCGACGGCAAGUACCACCGCAUCGACCGGUUCGGCCACAAGCUGCCCACCGUGGUGGUCCCACUGACCCUGGAAGAAGAGGAGGAGGCGGCUUCCGCAGCCGACGCCAGCAGCCUCAGCGGCUCCGCCGCGGCGGCCGUCGCGGGCGCCGCCGGUAGCGAGGGCGCUGCGGGCGGCGGGGGCGCGGGGCCCGCGCCCGAGCACAUUCGCAGCCAGAGCAGCGUGGAGGGCGAGAUGGAUUACAUGAACAAUCGGAUCCCCCUGCUGCGCUCGAUGCUGGAGUGGGGGCGGGAGCUGGGGGCCAGCAUCGCGGCGGAGUCUGCGCUGGCCCAGGAGGCCGCCGCCGGCAACGACGCCGCCGCCAUCGCGGCUUGGACCGAGCGGCAGCUGGCGCCGCAGGUGCAGGGCGCGGACGGCGCGGGGGCGGACGUCAUGGUGCUCAUCUGGCCGGGGGGGCGCAUCCUGCGGGUGCCCCGCGGCACGACGGCAGGCACCGUCAUUCGAGACCUGGGCCUGAUCCAGAUCCAGCCAGCAGCAGGCCCCACGCCCUCUGCCGCCGCCGCCGCCGCCCCCACUAUGGGGGACGCCAACAACGCGCUGGCCGCCGCCUCUCCCCGCCAGCGCCCGCUGUUGGUCAACGUCAACAACCGGCUGGUGCCGGAGGAGACGCCGCUGGCCGACGGCGACUAUGUGGUGCUGAGCCGGGACAAGGUCAAGAUCUGAGGCGAGGCGCGAGGCAGCACGCCGCUGUUGCCGUGAUGGCGUCGAGACCUGAGGGCGGCCGGCGGCUGGGCGGCUGGCCCCGUGUCCUCGCCUGAGCCUCCUGAGCUUUGCUGGAGAAAUGCCAGAUACAUGGGUGCAUGAGUGCCAUGGUAUGGCUGGUUGAUUGCCACCUGUUUGCUAGUUGGUCACUCGGCACCCGGUUGGCCCCGCUAGAGUGCGUUGUGCGCCCCCAGCGCACGCGCUCGCCGCUCCC